AUGGCCAAUACACCCCCUCUUCAUGAUAUCCGCAACUCAGCGGCAGACCAUGUAUUCCACAUCCUCGAACUUGCACGGCAGAUCGUGUAUGAGUUGGAACUCAAGGAUCUUUUCAGAGCAUUACCGCUCACUAAAGGCUUAUGGGAAAGCCGAGAAAUAUUACCAGAUGGUUUUUGGGCGGAACGUUUGAGACGUCUAGGCUAUCCGGACCAUGUUGUUCAGGAUACCUCACAAUGCCUGCGGACUAGCUAUAUUUCCAUAGCUCAAGCCGUUGAUGGUAUCAGCCGAUGUGUUAUGCCGGAGUCAAAUCGAAUCAAAAUGGAGCCGUUCCCAGGUUUCUCCUAUUCAUCGAACUGCGAAAACAGUAUGGUACCGCCAUUGAUAUCCCUGUCUUCUAAUUCUCUAAUGGGGCCACGGGAGGGCAAUCUGUAUACCCUCGACGGCAACGUUUUCAAGUUGUUGAAGACUGUGGUCGCACUACCAUUCAUCAGAGUGUGCGAAGGCCAUUCUGUUUUGACUCUAGGGCCAGACGGUUCUAUCAUUGCGCGGAAGUUAAAGGAUUGGUCGCUAAUAGCCCGAUUCGAGAGAUAUAUUCAUUUGAAUGGGAUCAUGGUCGAGAGAAUUUGGUUGGUUCUUGAGAAAUACCUCGUUGGCGUGUACAACCUACCUAUGGAAGAACAAGAGGACGAAGGUGCCGAAGGGGACGGUCAAUUUAAGGUCGAAAUUUGGAGUUACCAACAAGGCCUGAAAUGUGGACAGUCGAUCCUCUCCGGGCAGUUUUCUGGGUUCCACCACCUCUCACGUUUCUAUUCGAACGGGGAGUGCGAAUACAUCACAAUGAUGCCCCAUUACUCCCCUGAGCGAGUCAUAUCGUGGAGGCUCGACACCACCUCGGUUACCAUGUUUGACCACAGCCUAUCACCCGACCAACUCUGGGAGGGUCUUCACUUUCAGAUCGGCUACGGGGUCGUGAACGUGUUAGACAAAGACGGCAAAGUUUCACAUUAUUGGGCAGUAGACGGCAGAGAUGUAUCCAAACCAGUUGCCUCUAUGCUCGCAGAAUGUGCGUCUUACCAGACUCUCACGUUCUCCGACGGGUGUAGAGUGAAAUUGGCCAAAGAUUCGUGCGUGUACGAUAAAACGGGAAGACGCAUAAGAGGUCUUCUGGCACAGGACUCAGACAGAAGACGACGACGCCUGAAUGCCGUUCACCUUGCCGGAAGACCCCUGCCUACCAAGCAUGAUUUGUUGAAUUCUAUGUACCAGUGUGGUGGCAUAAUUUUCGACCGAUUCAUCUUGACUAUAUCUUUCCUUCCAUCUUCUUCGUUCGUCGAAUUCAGCGAGACGUUACUGAUCCUUUACUCGAAGGAAGGAGAUAUGUUGGGCGAGUGGAUGCUGGAAAGAGAAGAAAGAGAAAUUACUUGGUUUGUUGACAUCCUUGGGCGCUUGGUGGUUAUGUAUUCGAAGGCGGGUCGUUUGGAAGAAAUUGAGGUGCUGGAUUUCAGAGGGGACCUGUCUGAAUCUGCGAAAGAGGCAGCUGACUUCCAGGAACUUGUUACCUUUUCCUUCAGCGACGAAACAGUUUAG